CAAAUGAGUCGAAUCCAUCCCAAUCCACCUCUCAAGUUUUCUCACUCUCGAUUCCUCCGGCUACAAUCGCUCAUCUCGCUUUCCCUACGGUUGGAUCCUUUAGAGGACAGCUACAGGAGAUUGCAGGAGUCAAUGGAGUUCCAUGAAUCCACACCACAAAGCGAAGAGGAGAUGGACUUGAGAAGAGGGCCUUGGACUGUGGACGAGGACCUUAUUCUGAUCAACUAUAUUGCCGCUCAUGGCGAAGGGCAAUGGAAUUCUCUGGCUCGUUCCGCAGGACUCAGACGAACGGGAAAGAGCUGUCGACUCCGGUGGCUCAACUAUCUUCGACCUGACGUCCGGCGAGGCAACAUCACCCCGGAAGAGCAACUCCUCAUCCUGGAACUCCACUCGCGAUGGGGAAACCGGUGGUCCAAGAUCGCGCAGUACCUGCCCGGGAGGACCGACAACGAGAUCAAGAACUACUGGAGAACUCGAGUGCAGAAGCACGCCAAGCAGCUCAAAUGCGACGUCAACAGCAAGCAGUUCAAGGACGUCAUGCGCUACCUGUGGAUGCCUCGCCUCGUCGAGAGAAUCCGGGCUUCUUCCGGCAACCAGGUGCUGUCCACCCCGCACGAGGACGACACGUUUCCGAUGACCUGCGCUCCGCAACCAAACCAGGUCCCGGAGCUCGCCCGGGUGAAACGGAGCCCGCAGAACUCGAGCACGGCCGGGCCGUCGUCCUCGUCCUCCUCCUCGGACUCGCGCGGUGUGCAGUUCUCUCCGCCUCCGGUCUCCGACGGCUACUUCGGCAGCAUGACUGGAGGUGACGAUAACAUCGGUGACGUGAUCCAGACAGGUGAAUGCACCGGAAGCUGGUGGGAGUCGCUGCCGAGCCCGGGCGGUGACACCGUCCUGGGGUUCCCGGAGUUGGACCAGAUCACGUGGGGAGAGAGCUUGUGGAGUGUGGAAGACAUUUGGCUGCAGCAACAGUUGUAACAAGAGCAGGAAGGGAGGAUUGUAAAGAAGAAAAGUCUUUAAAGCACAGAUUUGGAGUUGUGAGGAAACAGAGCACACUUUUCCCUCUGAUUUUAAUUUCCAUCUCUUUUUUUGCUCCUUUAUAAGUACAUUAGAGCUGUAAUUUUCAUUCUUUGGAUUAACAUAUAAUUGAAUUCUGAAAUCUACCUGUUAAGAUCUUAC